UUGGCUUCUCUUCCAAUUUGAUUUAUCCUGAUGAUGGCCCAGCAAAGCUCGGUUAUUACAAUGACGGUCCUGUUCGUUAUUUUGAUUUUGGUAUAAAUACUGCUGGCAAUGCUACUGCUCCUAUCUAUCAUGUGAAUGCUAAAAAUUACACUAGGCUGGCUAACUUACCUAGUACUAUCCCAGGUUUUAAGGAUUAUAGCGCUAUGUGGAAUGUUUUUAAUCUCACUGUUACUAAUGUACCAUUAAAGAAGAUAACCUCUCUUGAUCAAGUAGCUGAUAUUACACCAGUCUAUAAUAAUAUUAUCUCUAAUUGUCCAAUUUCUAUCACUGCACUUAAAAAGGACUAUGAUUCAACCAUACUUGGUACUUUUUAUAGGAUGUUGGGAUAUUGGUAA